AAAAAUAUGGAAAAUUGUAAAUGUAAACGAAGCGCCAGCCAGGAUACAUAGCGAUACGAAUAAACAGACGGAAGAUCGACAUUUUUUUGAGUAGCGUGCUGCGUUUAAGAAAUACGUAAAAUAUUGGAAUUCGUAAACAAACUUUUGUAAACACGUGUGUAUUAGCUUAAUAAAUUGGUAGUUAUUCUAAUAUAGAGUAUAAUAUUUUUAACAUUAUAUGUAUUUAUGUUUUGAAACCGUAUCGUAACGUACCGUGUCGUAUGCCCUACCUGUAUAUUGUUCUUAAACGCGCGAUACUUUUAACAAGAAGUUUAACUAAAAUUUUAAUAAAUCUUUAAAAAAUAAUUGUGAUAAAUUAGUUAAAAGAAUACAUAAUCCAGCCAGUUAUUCAGGCACAUUAGAAAAAAUAUUUAAAUUACCAAAAAGUGUAAAAAAAAACAAAUACAUGGAUAAAAUUGUUAACGGUGUCGUACUGCAUUAACAAAAGCCAACAUCAAUUUAAUAAAUAAGUGUUGUUCAUAUUGCGAAAUAUUAAAAAAUGUAUUGUAUAGAUACAUAUUUAUAUCAAAAAAAGCAAUAAUAAGAAGUGAAGUGAAUACGAGUGAAUGCCCAUUUAGUGUAUAUUAAUCUUUUGUUUUUAUUGCUGCUGUUGCCACCUGUGGCGUAUAAAGCUUUUAUUCAAAAAAAUCGAUUUCAAUACUGUCUUCUAUUUUAACUGCAAAAUAUCAUCCAUAUGUACAGAUGCAUAUUGAAAUAAUUUAUUAGUAAAGUGCUUCUUUAAAAGGGAAAACAAAAAUAAAAAAGAAAAACAAAAAAACCACGGGAGCGACAUCAUGCUUAAUUGUUCGUUUAAACAAAGCCCGUUGUCACCAUGUCAAGCUUAGUGCAUCACGUUCAAAUUUAAUUGAAAACAACGUACAAUAAUCUGCACACAAACUACUCAGUCGUAAAAUUUCAAUUUAAAAAUACCUAAAUAUUUGAGGAUAAAUAUAUUUGGAUUACAACAAACGGUCUCGCCCCAAUAUUUUGGUUUACGAUUUGCAAUGUUUGCUUUGCAGUCCACCCCGGCCUUAGGUGCAGUAGUAGCACCAUGGUCAGGAUCAAUGAUUGAUCGCUUGCCAUCCUUAGAAGACAUGCCGCACAAAGACAAUUUCAUUGCAAUGAGAAAUCUACCAUGUUUGGGUGUUACUAGCGGUGGCGGUGGUGUCGGUAGUAUUGACGACAAUUUCAUUGCAAUGAGAAAUCUACCAUGUUUGGGUGUUACUAGCGGUGGCGGUGGUGUCGGUAGUAUUGACGGUUCAACGUCGGAUAUCGCAGCAGAUAAACCUACUGCUGUUAUGGAUCCAACUACCUUGGAAGCACCUUCAACGCCUCACGCAUCUUCUUAUUUUGCCACCACCUACUACCACAUUACUGAUGAUGAAUGUCAUAGCGGUGUGAAUCAAUUGGGUGGAGUAUUUGUUGGUGGCCGUCCUCUUCCAGAUUCAACUAGACAAAAAAUAGUGGAAUUAGCACACUCUGGCGCCAGACCAUGUGACAUAUCUCGUAUUUUACAGGUUUCAAAUGGAUGUGUUAGUAAAAUUUUGGGCAGAUAUUAUGAAACCGGCAGUAUAAGACCCCGAGCAAUAGGUGGUUCGAAACCUCGAGUCGCUACGGCAGAGGUUGUUGCGAAAAUUUCUCACUACAAGAGGGAAUGCCCAAGUAUAUUUGCAUGGGAAAUACGUGAUAAAUUGUUGCAAGAUGGCGUUUGUACAAACGAAAACAUUCCAAGUGUAUCUUCGAUUAACCGCGUCUUGCGCAAUUUAGCAGCACAAAAAGAGCAACAACAACAGCAGCAACAUACCAAUGCAACAGUAGCAGCAUCGUCUUCAGUAGACAAUAAUACGACUAAUUCAAUAACAUCUACAAAUGAACUGCAGACGGCGACACCGCUAAAUUCUAACGAUAGUGGAACUAGUACUACAAAUCCUGUAGCAAUAUCGACGGACAUCGCUUUAGAUAUCAGUUGUUCAACCACAGAGUCUAUAGUUUAUGAAAAACUUAGACUCUUGAAUGGUCAUACCGUACAUCAUCAUCACCAGCAUUUUCAAGGCCAUCACCAAUCUGGUCCAUCGCAUCAUCACCAUCAUCACGCUUGGCCACCACGUCACUACUCCUCACCGUCAUCGUCGUGGUACACGACACCUUUAAAUUCUAAUAGCAAUUUAACGGCCAAUAACGGGCCCAAUGCACCUGCAUCAGCAGGUUUCCACAGCCAACAUCUAAGUCCGAGUGCAACAUCAAUACACAACAACGCGUGCUCCACACCAGGCACAGAGGAUAUAACAUUAAAAAAAGAAAUUGAUGGCCAUAAUUCCGAUGAAACUGUUUCAGGUGAGGGUGAAAACUCAAACGGUGGCAUAUCAAAUUUAGGUGCUAAUGAAGAUGAUCAAGCUCGUUUGAUUUUAAAACGUAAAUUACAAAGAAAUCGUACAUCAUUUUCAAAUGAACAAAUCGAUAAUCUAGAGAAGGAAUUUGAACGCACCCAUUACCCUGAUGUUUUUGCACGGGAACGAUUGGCUGGUAAAAUCGGCUUGCCAGAAGCUCGUAUACAAGUAUGGUUCUCAAAUCGAAGAGCAAAAUGGCGUAGAGAAGAAAAAUUGCGAAAUCAACGUCGGACACCUAAUUCAGCAGGUCCGGUCUCGUCGUCCACCACCCCCGCUGCCUCGCUGACUGAUAGUCCAAAUAGCAGCAGUAUUGGAGGUAGUUCCACAGUUGCACCUGUAAUGCCAGUAUCAACUAGCACUCGUAUGUUUUUUGACUAUUUUGGCUACACUACGCACUCCACAGAUUCCAUGGCGGAUUUAGCGUCAACAUCAUCCAUCACCAACUCAGUUGUAGCUGCAAAUGGCCCGGCGCCUUCACUAGCUCCCAGUACUAGUCAUCUUGAUACGGCUCCAACUGAACAUUUAGAUGUUGCUACACUAGGACACAAUAAUAGAAGUUCUACCACUAGUUCUAACAGCGAAAACAGUCAUGUACAAAGUAACAACAAUAAUGGUCGUAUUAGUAAUAGCAACAACAUUUCCUGCCCAACAUCAGCUAGUAACACAGGUUUUAUACAUUCAGUACAUCAUACCCCGGCGACUCAUCAUAGUGUCAUGCACUCGGAAUCUCACCUAGGAAGUAGUAUUAUGCCAACUCUCUCACCACAACGCAUAAAUUUAAAUGGUGGCUUCGGUACAACUAUGACAGCGAUAUAUCCAUCAAUGCAUCACACUGCUAUAUCAAUGAGCGAUACCUACAGUUCUAUGGCACCUAUGACAAGUUUUGCACAUUCACAUCCGCCCAUAACGUCUAUACCUGGUUCUCCGAUAUCACAACAAAGAGAUUUAGUAUCGCCAUCACUGUAUCAGUGUCACGUUUCCUUGAGACCUCCUGUUCCACCGAAUCAUCACCACCAUCACGUUAUUUCUAAUGGAAGUUUUGGAGCUGCCUCGGGAAAUGGCAGUUGCAACACUACAAGUCAACUGCAGCGCAUUGGAAGUGGAUCAGCAAACAAUACGCCAACCCUUAACACAGGUCAAAGUAGUUACGAUACCUUAGGAGCAUAUUCCCAUGCGGUAGGAUUGCCUCCACCAUCAACGUCAUUGUCAACACAUCAAGGAAUAAGUAGCUGUUCAUCUGAUCGUCAGACCUCUUGUAGUCCCCAUACUAAUUUAAGUAACAAUGCCAGUCUAAACACCCACAGCGGUACAGUGCCAACUUCCACAGCUACACCAUAUUCACAAAUGGGUUAUAACGGUUACACAGCAGUUGCGGCGGCAGCCACUUGCAAUAACUCCAAUAACAGUCCUUCUCCAAUCCCCCAUCCGUCAACGGGAAAACAACAGCAAUUUUUCGCUUCUUGCUUCUAUUCGCCAUGGGUGUAAACUCUCUACAAUAUAAAAAUAAAACAGAAUUUUAAAAUGUUUAAAAAUGGUUUCUUUGCAAAGAAAAAAAAAAUAAUAAUAAACAGCACAUUACAAACUUUUAUGUAUUUAGUCGAUAUAAAUACAACUUGAACAAACACACAAAAAAUAAAUUAAUUUAUUAUAAAUAUUCCAAUUUUAACAUAAAAAAUAAAAAAACAAACUAAACAUAUCUUUACCAAUUAAUGAUUUUUGUACACACGUAUAUAAAAUAUUUAUUAAAGAUUUUUUAGUUCAUUUGCUUAUAUUGCUAAGAAAUAAUAUAUUAUUGGAAAACUUUUUUUUAACUAUAUUCUUAACACAUUCCACGUCGUCCCAGUGUAAAUAUUCCUUAAUGAUGAACUUAAUUGAUUAUAUAUGUUAAAAGGUUACACUUUUCUAAUGAUACAGACGAAGUAGAAUUAAACAGUAAAUGGAAACAUAUCCUCAAAAACACAGUGAACAUACAGUUUUUGCUAUAUAAGAUUAAGGACCGCCCCAUUUUAAUUUAAAAAAUCUGUUUGAGUUCAAUGAAUCCUGUUCUUUUGUUAAAGAAAAAUUCAUCACUUUAUGUAUAUAAAUUUAACUGCUGACAUCCUUUUUGGACUCCCAAUAAUAUUUAAGUAUGCAUGUGUGAUUUACAUUAUUUUCUUAUAAUCAUGUUAAAAAUUCUCAAAUUUUGUCCCUCUGUUCCAAGGUUAGGAAAGCUUCAAACACUUGUUACAUACUAGUUAACAUCCCAGCAAAAAAAAAUCCAAAGAAGAAGUAGAAUUUACUCCAUGGAAGUACUUAAAAAAAUCCAAAGAAGAAGUAGAAUUUACUCCAUGGAAGUACUUAAAAAUAACUGAAUAAGUAAUGAU